AUGGGAUAUGCCAUUUUUGUCUUUGGACCGGCUGGAUCGGGGAAGUCAACAUUCUGCAGAAAUAUACAGGAGCAUGGGGAGAGUGUAGGCAGAACCUACAAGGUGAUCAACCUGGAUCCUGCGCAGAUAGCUCCUGGCGAAGGGUAUGCCUUGGAUCUCCGGGACUUCAUCACUGUUGGGGAUGUUAUGGAGGAGUAUGACUAUGGACCAAAUGGGGGGCUUCUGCUUGCACUGGAGGAACUCUACGAAAACAUUGAUGAGCUUAGGCUAGAGGACUUUGAGGGCGCCUUUCUUGUUUUCGACUGCCCGGGGCAAAUAGAAUUGUUUGCACACUCCGAGAUAAUGCCAAAGAUUAUCGAUCAUGUAGGCCGGCAUUUUAAAUGUGGUGUUGUUUAUAUGAUGGAGUCCCAAUACUUAGUGGAUAUCAACAAGUAUGUGAGCGGGUGCUUUUGUGCACUUGUCUCGAUGUCAAGGUUGAAUAUUCCUUGUAUCAAUGUUAUUUCGAAAAUGGAUUUGGUUAAGAGUGAGGAUCUUGAGAUGUUUUAUACGCCAACAGAGGAACUUUCGGCACUAAUUGGCAGGGGAAAGUAUUCUAGAAUAUGUAAAAGAAUGUUGAGCUUUGUUGCCGAGAAUAGCAUGCUGAACUUCCAUCCGCUGGACUGGAACAAGGAGGAAAGUGUUGAGGAGCUGUUUUAUUCCAUAGAUAAUGCAGUGCAAUAUUACGAAGAUGCCGAACCCAAGACAAAAGAUUUCGAUUAA